AGUUUUUUAGGAUUUAUUUGAGUAGCAUAUAAAAAGUAAUUUCAAUGGGUGAGGAAAAGUCAACAAUGUUCAAAAAAAUCAAAAGCAAGUCCAUCAGACAGAGAAGGUUCUCAGAAGAUGAAGAAUCUGAUGAUGAAGAAACAUUAAGUUUGAAAAUAGAAGAAAAUAAACUUCUUCGGAAGUUGAAACAGCGGGUUGGUGGAGUAACGGCUGAGGCACUUCUGGCUGGCAGCAAAGACAAAGAGAAGAAGAAAGAUCAGGACGAUCCUUACAAAACAAAGAAAGGUGGCAUGGUGGACCUCAAAGAUAUCAAGAAUGCUCCUAAAAUGGACGACGCUUAUGACACAGGCAUCGGAACUGCUUUCUCUGCUGAGACCAACCGGAGGGAUGAAGAUGCUGAGAUGCAAAAAUACAUUGAAGAAAACCUUGCUAAGAGAAAAGGACAGCAAGAUGGAGAUCAAACAAACUCGGAAGAGAACCGCUAUCUAACUCCCGAACAAGCUGCACUCAAUGCUGUACCAGAGUUUUUAAGAAAGUCUUCAUCAAAAACCAAUGAAGAGAUGUUGAGCAAUCAAAUGCUGAGUGGUAUUCCAGAAAUAGACCUCGGGUUGGAGGCUAAAAUUCGCAAUAUUGAAGCUACUGAAGAAACUAAGCAGAAAUUAUUGCGAGACUCCCUCAGAAAGAAAGACAAGCCCUCUGAAUUUGUCCCUAAGAACAUGGCAGUAAACUUCGUGCAACACAACAGAUUUAAUAUUGAGGAAGGCGGACCACAGAAAAAGAAAGAGAAGAAGGAAGAGAAGUUCGAGGAGGUGGUGGAGCCCGUGGUGGGUGGCGGUGUCAAGGUUUCUACUCUCGCACCGAAAAAGCCAACAGCGCAGAAAGCGACCGACGAUUUCCAUUAUGAAAAAUUUCGCAAGCAGUUUAGAAGACAUUGAUGCGAGUCGUGCUGCUGUAUUUUUUUCCAUAUGUUAUUACUACUUGAUGGCUAGCUAUACGUGUUGUAGCCCCUUUCAACAUUCCAGAUAAACGUGAGAUUAGGAGUUACAUUGUCAUAUGCGCUAACUCGUCUACUUGCGACCCUGGAAAUCAUUUUUUCUGUGAUAUAGUUCCUGAAUUAAAUUGGCGACCAGUAGGAUUUGGUGAUUGAAUUUUGAAUUCAAUGUCAUAAAUGAUAGAUUUGAUAGUACACUAUGCAGAAUUGAGAAUGGCUUCGUUUACGAUUACUGGCAAUUAUUAUUCAUACGGAAGAGGUAAAUGUAAAGUAAAUCUUGUGAGCAUAAAUUGUUACCAUGAACACCGAGCGGAAUAAAUUUCGGAAACAGUAUUGUAGGUUUAAAUGAACAAUAAAGCCGUGACUUCUUAUGAAGUCGUACUUAUGUACAUGGCAUUUUAGGCUACUUUUCAGGAUCAUUCAUAGCUUGUAUGUUAUGAAAAUUCUUAUUUUCUCAUAUUAAAAGACGUCACUCUGCCUUGGAGGUUAAAGAAAAGAAAAUUUUUGUUUCAAUUUAACAAUAUUGAGUAGGAGUAGUAAUAGCCACAUGAACCUCGCUUGUAACCCAUUCCGUUAUAACUGACGACUAAUAUAAAUCUUGUAAACGUUAA